CUUCCCAUAUAUCUCUCCCAAAACCCUCAAUAUCAUUCUUUGAUAUAUAUACAUACACAUAUAUAUUCCCACCAUCUUCACACACUUAAUUCACACACACUUUCAUCAUGAUCAGUCUCUCAGAUUUCUACCAUGUCAUGACAGCCGUGGUUCCUCUCUAUGUUGCCAUGUUCUUAGCUUAUGGCUCUGUCAAAUGGUGGAAGAUUUUCACCCCUGAUCAAUGCUCAGGCAUCAACCGUUUCGUUGCGCUUUUCGCGGUUCCGUUACUCUCAUUUCACUUCAUUUCGUCCAACAAUCCUUACAAAAUGAACUUACGGUUCAUUUUAGCCGAUACCCUUCAAAAACUUGUCGUGCUGGGGUUGCUCACACUCUGGAGCAACCUCAGCAAGACGGGUAGUUUAGAAUGGUCGAUAACGUUGUUUUCGUUAUCGACCUUACCUAAUACCCUCGUUAUGGGCAUUCCUUUACUUAAAGGAAUGUAUGGUGGUGAAUCUGGGAGCUUAAUGGUUCAAGUAGUUGUGUUACAAUGUAUUAUUUGGUAUACUUUAAUGUUGUUUUUAUUUGAGUUUCGUGGGGCUAGGUUGUUAAUUAAUGAACAGUUUCCGGGUCAAGCUGGGUCCAUUGCUUCAAUCCAUGUUGAUUCGGAUAUUAUGUCGUUGGAUGGGCGACAUGUGUUGGAGACAGAAGCAGAGAUUAAAGAGGAUGGAAAGCUUCAUGUUACUGUUAGGAAAUCAAAUGCGUCAAGAUCAGAUGUUUUCUCUAGGCGUUCACAAGGGUUUGGGGCUACGACGCCCCGUCCUUCUAAUCUGACGAAUGCAGAGAUUUAUUCUCUGCAGUCGUCAAGAAACCCGACCCCAAGAGGGUCGAGUUUUAAUCAUACUGAUUUUUACUCAAUGGCGGGUGGUGGUGGGAGGAAUUCAAAUUUUGGGGCUUCAGAUGUGUAUGGUCCUCCUGUAUCAAGAGGACCCACACCACGACCUUCCAACUAUGAAGAGGAAGGUGGAGCAAGUGCUGCCAAUAAUAAGUCACGUUUUCAUCACGGGAUGCCAGGUGGAAAUUACCCAGCACCCAACCCAGGAAUGUUUUCCCCUUCAACGGGGAAACCAAGUGUACCGUUGACCAAAAAGGCCAACGGGCAAAAAGCCGACGAGGGUUCAAAUGAUCUACAUAUGUUUGUUUGGAGCUCUAGUGCUUCCCCGGUUUCCGAUGUAUUUGCGGCUCGUGAAUAUGGUGCAGUCGACCCACCAACCACGAAAGAACUAAAAGUGCCAAUAUCGCCCGUAAAAGGUAAUGGAGAAGAGUAUGUGGAGAGUUACGGAAAUAACAACAUAAGCAUCGAGAGGACAGGAAAAGGCGUCGUUGGUGGCAAGGCAAUGCCACCAACGAGCGUGAUGACACGACUUAUACUGAUAAUGGUGUGGAGGAAAUUGAUAAGGAACCCAAACACAUAUUCAAGCUUGAUUGGUCUCACUUGGUCUCUAGUAUCUUUCAGAUGGAAUGUUGAAAUGCCAGCCAUCAUAGCAAAGUCGAUAUCAAUACUGUCUGAUGCAGGACUUGGCAUGGCUAUGUUCAGUCUUGGAUUGUUUAUGGCAUUGCAACCAAGGAUAAUAGCAUGUGGGAAUUCGGUGGCAGCUUUUUCAAUGGGUGUGAGAUUCCUUACGGGUCCAGCUGUCAUGGCUGCCGUUUCCCUCAUUGUUGGCCUUCGCGGCGUUCUCCUUCGUAUCGCCAUUGUCCAGGCAGCUUUACCACAGGGAAUUGUCCCCUUUGUGUUUGCAAAAGAGUACAAUGUCCACCCUGAUAUUCUAAGUACUGGGGUUAUAUUUGGGAUGCUAAUAGCAUUACCCAUCACACUUGUGUACUACAUUGCACUUGGUGUAUCAAAAUAGACAUCGUCACAAUUUGGUGGAAAAUACGUCGACACUAAUGCUGGAAAGCAGUUGUUUAUGUAGUUUUCAGGUCAUUAGAUGCUAGAAAUAGUAUAAAAAGAAAAUUUAUCGCGGUUGUUUAUUGGGGUUGGUUCCACAUUGUUUAGUCGAGUUGAUGUUAUACGAAAACAUGGUAAAAACUCGCCUUGGUGAUGGUAGUUUGUGUAUUUAUGUUGCAUUUACAUGUCA